GAAAUAAUCCUGGCUAUUGCGAUGAUCCAGGAGUACCAGCUCAUGGGUCUAGACUAGGGGAUGAGUUCAAAAUAAAAAGUCUGCUACGUUUCUCAUGUGAAAUGGGUUAUCAGCUGAGAGGAUCUGCAGAACGAACAUGCCUGCUUAAUGGUUCCUGGUCAGGUAUACAGCCUGUGUGUGAAGCUGUAUCUUGUGGGAACCCUGGCACCCCCGCCAAUGGUAUGAUAAUAUACACUGAUGGAAUAUUAUUCUCCAGCUCAGUCAUUUAUGCCUGCUGGGAAGGUUACAAAACUUCAGGACUAACUACUAGACAUUGUACUGCUAAUGGGACAUGGACUGGCACUGCUCCAGACUGCACAGUGAUCAGCUGUGGAGAUCCAGGUGCAUUAGCAAAUGGCAUUCAGUUCGGGAAUGAUUUUACCUUCAAUAAAACAGUCAGCUAUCAGUGCAAUCCAGGAUACUUGAUGGAGCCUGCCAGUUCAUCUACCAUGCGUUGUAUAAAAGACAGUACUUGGAACCAGAGUAAACCAAUUUGCAAAGCUAUUACCUGUGGCCCCCCUCCACCAGUACUCUACGGGAAAGUAGAAGGAUCUGAUUAUCGCUGGGGUGCCAGCGUGAGUUACAGCUGCGCAGAAGGCUAUCAGCUAUCUAACACAGCUAUUCUCUCCUGUGAGGGUCGAGGAAUUUGGCGGGGAGACAUCCCACAAUGUUUGCCUGUGUUUUGUGGUGAUCCUGGUACUCCAGCAGAAGGACGCCUCAAUGGGAAAAGUUUCACCUACAGAUCUGAAGUUAGCUUUCAGUGCAGACCCCCUUUUAUUCUGAUAGGCUCUUCAAGACGAUUCUGUCAAGCAGAUGGUACUUGGAGUGGAAUUCAGCCAACAUGUAUUGAUCCAGCUCACAAUACAUGUACAGACCCUGGUACUCCACAUUUUGGAAUACAAAACAGUUCCAGAGGUUAUGAGGUUGGGAGCACAGUCUUUUUCAGAUGCAGAAAAGGUUAUCAUAUUCAAGGAUCUACCACCCGUUCUUGUCUUGCUAACUUAACUUGGAGUGGCAUACAGUCUGAAUGCAUUCCUCAUGCUUGCAGGCAGCCAGAGACACCGGCACAUGUAGAUGUGAAAGCAAUAGAUCUUCCUACUUUAGGGUAUACUUUGGUGUAUACCUGUCAGCCAGGAUUUUUUCUUGCUGGUGGAUCAGAGCAUCGGACAUGUAAACCGGAUAUGAAAUGGACAGGAAAAUCACCUAUUUGUAAAAUUCCCUCAGAUGUGUUUUUUAUAAAUUCACUGUGGAAAGGGUUUUAUGAAUAUUUAGGAAAAAGACAGCCUGCUACUCUGACUGUUGAUUGGUUCAAUACUACAAGCAGCAAAGUAAAUGCCACAUUCAUUGAGGCUUCCAACAUACAACUCAAACUAUCAGGAGUUUACAAGAAAGAAGAAGCCCAUUUGCUCUUGAAAGUUUUUCAGAUUAAAGGACCUAGUGACAUUUUUGUAAGCAAGUUUGAAAACGACAACUGGGCUCUAGAUGGUUAUGUAUCAUCAGGGCUUGAAAGAGGUGUUUUUACUUAUCAAGGUGAUAUACAUGGAAAAGACUUUGGAAAAUUUAUGCUCCAAAGACAAGGUCCUUUAAGUGCUGACACAGACCUUUCAAAUCACUAUUAUGGUACAAACAGCAGUUCUGUUGCAGCUGCCAUCCUGGUACCAUUCUUUGCUCUAAUAUUGUCAGGGUUUGCAUUUUACCUCUACAAACACAG